AUGUCACCCCCCCCUCCACCCCCCGAAAUCCCCACCUGCACCCUCUACUACACGCAAACGCUGCAUCAAAACCUCUCCAAACGCGGCAUUUCCACACCAUGGUGCAUUUACCUCCAAACACGGACAAACUGGUACAUUAUCCCAUUCCACGAACAAAAGAUUCUCGAAUCACGACUUUCCUCCCCCUCCUCCCCGCCCUCCCACUCAAAAAAUUCCCGACGCGAACUCUACGAUUUCGAGAUCCGGGAAUUAGAUGCUCCACCGCAGAUAUGGGAGCGCUGUCCCGAUUCGGAUAAUGGCGAAGCGAUGGUGACGAAGCGGGUCAAGGAGUUUGGGGUCGUGAAGGAGAGUAUUGGGAUGAGGAGAUUGUUGAGGGAGUUUGGGGAGAGGGUGAGGAGACAGGAGAUUCCGGUUGAUGAGUUAUUUCUCCCACCACUCUUCCUCCUCUGGCUCGAGAGUCUCAAUCUCAAAGCCCACAAGACCAAGAAAUCCAGAUCCCAACCCCAAAACCCCCCAGAAACCCCCCUGUCUUCCAGUGCCAACCCCAAUUUCAAAAUCCACCUCCAAGUCACCAAACCCCCACCCAGCAGCUCCCAAGAAUCCUGGAUCUGGAACGAAACCCUCACCCUCCUAAAACUAACCAACCACUCUGGCCCCAACAAAUCCGGUCUCUACCUGAUCCCCAAUCCGCAUCCCUCCUCUUCCUCCCCCCAAACCCAAAACCAAACCCAACCCCAAGACCCCAUCCUCUUCUCCUGGACCCACGGCUCCCUCACCACCAAAAACAACAUUCUGCAUGCCCACGGCAAAUAUCUCAGCUUCUCUCCUCCCCCCCACAACUCAUCCCUUCCUCCACCUCCCACAGUACAUCUGCACCCCCUCCCCAAAGGUUCCCAAACCCCCAGUCCCCACUUUGCCGCCAGCAUCAAUCGAUCGCACUUUUCCAAACGCUGGGAAGAAUACGAAGUCGAUAUUAACCAACCCGCCAUCCCAUGCAUAUGGUGGAGGGAAAAUAUCACCAUCUUGGAAGAUGGAGUUUUGUUGCGGGAAUACGAGGAUUUGUAUGAGAGAUCGAAGGAGAAGGGUGGUCCGCAAUUCACCCUCUCCACCUUCCUGGCCCAAAUCUUCCACACAAUCAAUACCAGCAUCCCCCCCUCGAAAAAGCGAGGCAACAAAAACAAUCCCCCCAACAACGACAACCACUCCAUCGACAUCUCGGAGCUCUACGAGCGCGGCCGACAAGAUCUCGCGCGUUCAAAACGUCGUAAGUAUUGUUUGAGGGAAUUAGCAUUAUCCUCCUCUUCCUCUUCCUCAUCUCAUCCCUCAAGAUCGCAAUCCCUCCCUGCCAGAACCAGAACCAGAACCAGAACCCCCCGAGACUCCUCCCAAAGAAGAACCAAUCCCGAAAAUUUAGAAUUCCGAUCCCGAUCCACCUCCACCUCCACCUCCACCUCCACCUCCAAACCUCCACACGAAUUAAAAAGAGCUUCCUCCCAACCCCCCACCCCCGCCCCCACCAAUCCCCACCACAAACACCCAUCUCCUCGUCUCCAUUCCGUGCCUCCUCCUCCUCCACCCUCACGAUCCAGCACCUCUAGCACCUCUAGCACCUCUAGCACCACCUCCCACCCCCCUCCCAAUCCCAAUCCCAAUUCCACAUCCAAGCCCAAACCCAAGUCCCAGUCCACCCCGUCCUCUGAAUCUAAACCGCAUCGUAAUCCUAUGGAAGCCCUUCGCAAGACGCGAGACUUAUUUGGAACACUGCCGGUUUCGUAA